AUGAAGUAUGAGUGUAAAAGAGUGAAAUACAUGAGAGAAGCAACCCCCUAUGUGAAGAAAGGCUCUCCUGUUUCAGAAAUUGGGUGGGAGACGCCUCCCCCCGAAUCUCCCCGCUUGGGUUGUGCCUCUGCCGACCCCCUGUCGCAGCUUUCGCUCUCCAUCCACAGAGACAAGAAGACAAUACCACUCAAGAUGUGCUACGUGACACGCAACAUGACGGUGUCGGACCCCGAAAACAGACUUAUUGAAGUUCAUUCACCUGAUGCCAAGCACACCGUGGUGCUCAGGAGUAAGGAUUCGGCUACAGCCCAGGCCUGGUUCAAUGCCAUCCACUCCAGUGUCAAUGAGCUCAUCCCCAGGGUGAUUGCAGAGGUCAGAGACCAGCUGGGUAAAACAGGGAUUGCUGGAAGUCGAGAGAUUAGGCAUCUAGGCUGGCUUGCAGAAAAGGUGCCAGGAGACAACGAGAAGCACUGGAAGCCAGUGUUAGUGGUCUUGACGGAGAAAGACCUCUUAAUAUAUGAGAGCAUGCCGCGGAUGAAGGAAGCUUGGUUCAGCCCUCUGCAUACCUACCCCCUGCUAGCCACCAGGUUGGUCCAUUCUGGCCCAGGAAAAGGCUCACCGCAGUCUGGGGUGGAUUUGUCUUUUGCAACCCGUACCGGUACAAGGCAAGGGAUCGAAACCCAUCUGUUCAGGACGGAGACUAGCCGAGACCUCUCACUGUGGACGAGGAGCGUAGUGCAGGGCUGCCACAAUUCUGCGGAGCUCAUCACGGAAAUCACCACAUCUUGCACAUAUAAAAGCCAGGAGUGCCGCCUGACCAUCCAUUAUGAGCAUGGAUUCUCUCUUACAACCGAACCGCAAGAUGGUGCCUUCUCUAAGACAAUUGCACAAUAUCCCUACGAAAAACUGAAAAUGUCCUCAGAUGAUGGGAUAAGGAUGCUUUAUUUAGACUUUGGAGGAAAGGAUGGAGAAAUUCAACUGGACCUUCAUUCCUGUCCAAAACCAAUUGUGUUCAUCAUUCAUUCCUUCCUGUCGGCAAAGAUUACAAGACUUGGCUUGGUGGCAUAAGUGGGAUACAUCUGUUUCUUCAAAGAAAGACGGAGUCACCGUGCUAAUCUGAAGUACAGUCAACAGCAGCAACCUGUACCAGCUCACAGCAUACACCGGUUUGGGGUUCAGUACUGGGCCCGGGUCAUUUCUGCAGUCUUCCAAGGCCCAGGUUUCAUUUUGAUCAGCUAAAGAGGUGGCAUGACAAGGAAAACGGUGGAUUUCAUUGUAAAUAAUGGGAUUUUAAAAUCCCAUAUGAGACAGAAAAAACGUGUAGUACCACACAUGUAAAUGUUUCAGAAUCAUAAAUUGUGCCUAUUUCAAUGUACUUGUUUAUAUAGAAUAAGUAAAGGGCU